CUAAUCGAGCCACGUCGCCGCUAUAUAUUAGGGUUUAUGCAACCCCCAUUUCGAUCAAACCAAUUUUGCACAAGAGAGAAGAGAACACAAAAAUGGCGUCAAGGGUUUCUCUGAAGGCGAAAGGCAAAAGCUCAAAGGGAUCGAAAGGAUCGGAAGAUCGAUCGCUGCUUGAUUCCGCCAAGGAAUGGACAACUUGGGGGUUGAAGAAAACGAAGGUUAUCGCUCAUUACGGUUUCAUUCCUCUUAUUAUCAUUGUUGGUAUGAAUACUGAUCCCAAACCUCAGAUUUCUCAGCUUCUCAGCCCUGUUUAAUCGUUCUUCAAUGGAAUUGGAAGGGAUUAUAUGUAGUUUGUUUGAUUUUGGAUAACUGUUUGAGGCAUAGUAGUAGAAUAAUUACGACGUUUGAAUGUUUUUGUAUUGAUUUGGUUUCGUGUAUCUCAUGUUUAAGCUUUGUUGAGCUGGUGGAAUGUGAUUCUGUUUCUAUGA